AUGGACGUAGUAUGUGCUACCGUUUCUUCAUGUUCCUCAGCAUCGCUCAAAUUAAGCUCAGGCUUCCCGUCUCCCAUCGAUGAUGGCGCACAAGACGAUCACUUGGCCCGACAUCUCUUAUUUCAGGAAGUACUGCAGAAUCGGACAUUCUGUGCGCCCGUCAAUCUGGAAAACGGAAAAGUGCUUGACCUAUACACCAGAACGGGCAAAUUGGCCGUGGACAUCGCGGACGAAAACCCGAGUUGUUCAGUGACCGGUGUUGACGAGAGUCUAAUGCACGACGAAUGGGUUCCGUCCAACCUCGUCUUCGAGAUUGCCGAUAUCGAAAACGAGGACUGGACAUGGAAGGAUCGCUUUCGAUUGGUCAUUUACCGUGGGCCUGGGGGGUUUACAAAGAACUUGUCGCGUCUACUACGUCGAUGUUUUGAAAGUCUCGAGGAUCAAGGCUAUGUAGAAUUUCAACUUUUGGCCCUGGAUCCGCAAUCUCACCGAGAAGGCCCCCGGAGCGAGGAAAGCAAGAUUCGGGAUUUACAUCGUAGGCUGUCAGAGGGGCUGUCCGCGACCGGGAGAGAGCUGAAUGUACACCACGAGCUUCCUCGACAACUCCAGAAGAUCGGUUUCCACAAUAUCGAGCACAAGAAGUUUGCUGUACCUCUUGGAAAAUGGCCAAAGGACCCGAGAUUGGUAAUUCUGUUUAUCGAGGAAAACCGAAAAGACGGCUGA